AUUGACAAAUCGCUGUCGACCAGGGCAUACAACAUGGCGGACUCCGAGCUAAACAGUCGAUCGUUGCAGGACGUCGGUUUAACGACUUCGUCAAGUGAAACGACGGGUGAUGGGUGUGGAUUUGAUGGCAACGAUGAACCUGUGUUUGUCAAGACUGAGAUGAUAUCAGAUGAAAGUAAUGAAGCCGGUUCCACAGACCUAAGCUAUUAUCCUGCGAAAAGACCACGCACCUACUUUAUGGAUAAUUCCUUGAACUCCACUGUGACGAAUGUGCAACCGGAAACCCAACAUCCAACAGUGUCCUCGUUUGACGAUUCGUUUGACCGUCCACUUGUGAUUGUGGGCGAUAGUAAGUGGACGACUCCCGCGACCGGUUUACUUUUAGACCUAUAUAUCCAAAAUGAGGAUAAGUUCAACAGUCCUCACAUCAAGAAAAAGUUAUUGUGGAGAAAAAUAUCCGAAAGAUUGAAUGAAGCUGGUCAUAUGUUUGACUCAGAUAAGUGUGAACGUAAGUUCUUGAAUCUGAAGACGACUUACAGAUACACAGUUGACCACAACUUACAAACAGGCAACCAGAAGCGUUGUGCGUUCUAUGAUCAACUUGACAGUAUUUUUAAAUUUCAAGCGUCCGCCGAGGCAUCUGCAUUUUACAAAGAAAAUAAUAGUAAUAAGGAUGACACCAUCGAUACAUCAUCCUCUCAUCUCAAUAGGCCGAUACCUCCUCCCGAUAGAGGGAGCGUCAUGCACGCGCCUCAUCCUGCAUUUCCCGUCAUGAAGAAUGACGCUUCGUCCAUACAUUCAAAUGCACAAUAUAUGAACAGACUCACAAACGCCGUGUCUGGAGCUAAGGCGAACCAUCAUGUAACCAUGGCAACCAGACAUGACCCAGUACCGGUCUCGCAUCAAAAUAGUCCCGUAAAUAGUGUCUCGUCACCAACUGAUAACUUCAGUCGUCAGCAUUUCCCGCGGUUUCCUCAAGCAACACACCAUCGGAACGUCAGCGGACCAAAUACAAGUACACAACAUCCGAACAACAACAGUAACGAUAAUAAUCACACACGGCGACCUCCAACAUAUGUCAUUGAAGACAAUGGACCACCUGAACUUCCGAGCUCAUCGGGCAGCAUGGACGAAUCCGAGACGUCCCGAUUUCAGAGAGGACGGAAACGGAAGCAGACAGAACUGGAUUAUCUUUUGGCCACGUUUGAGCGUUACUGUGACGAGCAGCGGGAUAGAGAGGAGAAACGCUUGAAGUGCAUGAAGGAAUGGCAUGAUGAGGAAAUGAAAGUAAUGAAUAGAUUUCUUGAUAUUAUUCAGCAGAGUAUUCAGUCUGGGAAAUCCUAAACCAGCUGUGUCGGGAUGUUGAUAGCUCUAUCUAUGUUCUAACUGCAAUCAUUUAUACUAUCGCAGAUCAGUGAUACAAUAAAUGGAGUUACGGGUAUUUAUAUCAUUACUCGGCCGGUAGAUGUCGCGGCAUUUACUUUGGAGUCGUCAUGCUAUAGAUACACAUUUGGUACCAUAGUCCCAUAAUCCACCAGAACUGUGUUCACGUGUGUCUAUAGGUCAUAGAGUCUCUGUUACUAGCAAGCACAGGUACGCAUGGUAUUCUGAAGCGUUUUUCAAUUCGAACAUGUUAAUCUGGACAAUUAUUUGAGGCUAGUUAUCACUUUUUGAGAAGUGAAAAUUAGAUAUGUACUUUCCAUAAAUUAUUUGAUCACGUAAUUGCGCAAUAUAGAGUUAUGUGUUUAGAUCAUCAUUACUGUAGUUGCAAACCUCUUCGUCGGAGCAAUGUGUAACCCUGGUAAAUACUAGCCGCAAUAUACCGCUCGGCUAGAGAGGUCUUCUCUUUAGCUCGAUCGGUUGAGCGUAAGACUAGUAAGCCCAGAGGUCCCGGGUUCGAUCCCUAGCGGAGGCAGUGAUUUAAAUUUAAGUUAUCAUGCGCUCUGUUACAAAUGUAUCAGGUUGAUCGAUGCCAGGGUGCAUUGCUAUCUUGUGCAUGGAACGCUGGGAGCCGAGACUGAAUUUGACGACACGGGCAAUUAUUGGAUAUGAAAAUGAUUGUCAUGUCAAUUCCUCAAUGAUGUAUAUUUUUUGUCGUGUGCCAAGUAAAAUGAUUAUAAAAAAUGUCAAGAUUGUGUACAGUAAUAAUAAUAUGAUUAUAACGUAUAUACAUCAAAAUGAUAUACUAUACAUGUGUGACAUCAGUACAAUGUACUUAUACAUGUACAAUGUACAUGUACGUAUACUGUAGUUAUAUCUAGUCAACUUCAAGGCAACAACACGAGUUUGAUAGGUUUUAUAUUGGUUAAUGUUUUACAUGCGUCCUAUUAACAGCCAGGGUCAUUUAGGACGUGCCAGGUUUUGAGGUAAAGGAAAGCCCGUGUACCUGGAGAAAAACCACCGGCCUACGAUCAGUACCUGGCAACUGCCCCACGUAGGUUUCGAACUCGUGACUAGUUAAAUAGGCAAUAAUGCAAAUGUAAAAUUACUCUAAUAUGCCGACCCAAUAUCCAAUACAAGUUUUGAUAGUUCAGUGCCCAAAUUGUUCAAUAAUUGGAGCUUAAUCACUUGAUUAAUGAAAACCUCAUUUCUCCUUUACUUCGCACUCUGUGAGUGAAUAUUGUUUUAAAGUAGGCAGGUAGGAAGACACUGACGAGUGCUAUAGUUUCAUAAACUUUUGUUCAGAUAGUUCUACAAGAAAGUAUUUUAUCAGGAUUUUAAUUUUUUUUUUGCUAAACUGCGAUAAGCCUUAUCAGCUUUUGAACAACUGGGCCCAGGUGAUCCUCAUAAACUGUCGAAGCCCGGUGUAUCAGCAAUGUCAUGCAAUAAGGAUUGUUUCAUAUGUUCUUCAUAUAUGUUAUAUAUAAUGUAUAGACAAUCGUACUGGUGUUAAAAGGUGUCUGUAAUGCUGUUAAGAAUUAUUAAGAAAAUAACUAUUGUUGCACGAAGGUCAGGGCCCAGUUUUUCAAAAGGCGAUUAAGUUAAUCACAGUUUAACAACAAUUUUAAAAUCCUGAUGAAAUAAUUUCUGGUAAAACUAACUUGACAAAAUUUCAUGAAACUAUAACACUCUUCAGUGUAUUCUUACCUGCCUAUUUUAAAGGCAAAAGGAGAUUUUCACUAGUCAAGUGAUUAAGCUAAUUUACCUGUGUCCUUUCUUUCUAUUGUUGAUUUCAUUGUUUCCUCUGACCCCACACCAGGUGUUAGUCACUUUGGUCGACUUGUGUCAAUUUCAAUUUCUUUAUUAACUGUGGGCCAUAUUGCCCAAUAGCACAUGUUAUAAUAUACAAAGUCGUAAUAUACGUGAACAGCAAUAGAAAUUACAAAGUGGAGAACGAGUUCAGAGUUUGUACAUAUAGCCAGGAUCUUAUUGGCUUCGAAAAUAAGAUUUGCAUGAUACAAUUCACUGACAUAAGUUAUAUUAAAUAUAAAAGUCUAUGCUUAGUCAAAUCAUGUACUAUUGGUUACAUAUACUAUUGAUAUAAUAACAGUAUAUUAAAAGCUAUGUAUUUGAUCCAAAUGAAUCAUCUCAACGGUGAAGGAGAUGCGAGAGUGGUUGGGGUUACCCCUGACAUGGGACAUCCUUCCGACGUCUGAUGUUGCUGGGGCCAGAGUAAACAAGGCUUUAUCGGCAUCCUGAGAGCCAGGAUAAGAAAGUUGAAGUUCGAUUCCGUUUUUUUCCUCUGGAAGGUCUCAAUGGAUCGGUUUAUUGUCGUGCAUAUAGCAUUAAGAACUGAUGAAAAAUAAUGAUAUAAGUACAUUCAUCAUAUUUUGUCAAUACAUCUUGCCAGAAGAAUGUAUGAUUAAGAGUGAAAAGUGUGUGAAAGUAAAGAAAAUAACAGACUGAACCAGUGAAGAUCCCAAUGGUUGCGUCAAGAUUUCUCUGUGACCUUUUGACCAAGUAUUUAUGAUGCAUGUUCUAAAUGAAUGUUAAUUAAUAUGUGGAUAUCCGUACAGUGGCAAUACAAUUAUGUUAUACUAGUGAUGUCCAAUUCAUUUGGAUUUUAAAAUAAAAUAUCGUAAUGAAAUG